UAUUCAAGGAUUACAUACUUAAAGUGAAAGUGAAAUUUGCUUUUAUAAAAUGGGAAAUGGAUACAAUCAUUCAGUUGUCUGGUGAAGUUUAUAUCGCAUAAACGUUAUGGAAAAGAAUACUAUUUUGCUUCCAAAUGGAGAAUUAAUGCCAAUAAUUGGUUUUGGCACUUGGCAGGCACAAGAAAAAGAAUUGGAAGAUGCAUUGAACAUUGCUUUAGAAGCAGGAUAUAGACAUAUUGAUACAGCAACGUCAUAUGAAAAUGAAAAAGUAAUUGGUGACGUUCUUAAAAACUGGUUUGAUUCUAAAAAACUUAAACGAUCUGAUAUAUUUAUUGUUACGAAGCUUCCUGCUGUAGGAAAUAGAGCAGAAGAUGUGGAAAAAUGGAUUAAAACAUCGUUACAAAAUUUACGAUUAGAAUAUUUAGAUCUUUACUUGAUUCACGUUCCGAUUGGUUUUGAAAAAGUUGGGGAUAUUUUACAUCCUUUUGACGAAAAUGGCCACAUUAGACUUGAUAAUAGUACAAAUCAUGUAGAAAUUUGGGCCGAAAUGGAGAAACAAGUGAAAUGUGGUCGAACUAAAGCAAUUGGAUUAUCAAAUUUUAAUAUUUCUCAAAUUAAGCGAAUUUUAAAAAACACAAAAAUGAAAAUAUCCAUGCUACAGAUUGAAUUGCAUGUUUAUUUUCAACAAAAGGAACUGGUAAAAUUUUGCAAGCAAGAAAAUAUUCCUAUAACAGCUUAUUCGCCACUUGGCUCACGUAGUCUUAUUAAAUUAUUAAAUAAAACGGAAGAAAUUUCAGAUAUGUUACAAAACGAUGUAGUAAUGGAAAUAGCAAAAAAGUAUAAGAAAUCAUCUGCACAAAUUUUAUUAAGAUAUAUUGUACAAAAUGGAAUCGUAGUUAUCCCUAAAAGUAUAAAUCCUCAAAGAAUUAAAGAAAAUAUACAACUUUUUGAUUGGGAAAUUAAUCCGGAAGAUAUGAAAAAAUUAUAUAAUCUCGAUCGUGGUGAAUCUAGUAGAAUUUGUGAUUUAAAAUUUUUUAAGGGAAUUGAAACUCAUCCCGAAUAUCCUUUCUAAAUUUAUAUUAUAUUAUAUCAUAAUAUUAUAGAUAAUAUGGUUUAAUUUUUAUGCAUUUAUGAAAUAUAAAUAAUAAUAAUUACUUAUUCGAAAGAUAUAUUUUUAUAACAUUAUGUAGAAAAAAGAAUAAUUUUAUAUAAAUAAAUAAAUAUCUAUUAACUUUG